ACCUUUUAGUAUAGAUAGGUAUGUAGAGAAUAGGUACAACUGUAUCAUGUACCUAUAUGCUUAGGAAUCUAUAGCUAUAUAGCAAAUUGCUAUUACCCGACCAUGAUAAAACGUCCUAACGUUCUAUGUAUUACAAUGCCUUCAACAGACUUCUUAAAUUUAUCGCGUGUCCCGCUCAUCGUGCGAACCCCAAUCGACGACGAAAUCAUUCCAUCCAGCCGUCGAAGCUGUUUUCUCGGGGGGUUUGAAACAGUGUUUUUGUGUAAAUCUCUAGUGCCAACAAGUACACAAAACGAAGAUAAUCUGAACGUCGAGCUGACUGCGAAGCUGCUCUAAAGGAUCUGCCGAGCCCGCAUUAUCUGUGAUAUACAGCUCAGCCUCUCGUCCGUCCUAUAAGGGCUGGGCCACUCGGGGCUAGAGGCGAGUCCGCAGCAGCUUCAAGCGGUGAUCUCACCUGCCCUCUGCCACAGAGGCACUAAACACUGCUACCUGCUUUAUUGACUGCAUCACUACGAACCAUUGUUACUUAGUCUAUAAUUGAAACAAUAUGCAAUCUGUGAAAAUAAGUAUAAUUCUAGGUGGAUAUUGUAGAAAAUUAUUCUAUUAAGGGUAUUUAUGAUAAUUGUCUGAUGUCUAAUGUUUCUGUAAUAUUAUGUGUUCCACAUCUAAUUAAGGAUAAUUGUUACUCCAAUAUUUAUACUGUUACCGAACCAAUGCAAUGUAAAAUCUCCACCUCAAUGCUGGUGGUGAACACAAAUAAAUUUGGUGCUUUGAAGCGAGUCGAAGAGAAGAAUGAGAGUCAGCGAGUUAGUGUAAAAAUGGUAGAUAAUAAUAUUUAUAAUGUAGAGUUUGUUGAUAGUAUCCAACAAAACCAAAUGAUUGGCGAUACGCCUAACUACUGCAUUCCUUUAACGAUUAACGCCAUAACAGUCCAGGGUAUCUCAUACAGUGACCCGUAUUUCAGUAGCUUUAACUUAAAAUAUAAGAUGGCGUUUGGAGCGCCCAAGUAUAUGAACAAGUCUGAUUACGCUUUUAAAUCUUCAGUUUGUAUUAUACGAGAUGAGCCUUGCAUGGAUAACACGCAACUACUAAACGAAAAGUCUGCUCAUAUGAUAUGCAAAACGAAAACUCGAAUGAUAAAUAAUGACGAGAAGUCGAUAAGGAUAAACCAUGACAAUAAUGUAUCGGAGGUCGAUGUAACAUCAAACUCUCAGUCCGCCUUGAAGACUUUUGCUAACGGUGAUCUCACAUUGGACGCGAUGUUGGAGUUGAUGAGGAACGAGGAUGUUACCAAAGCCAAGAUGGGCGAGACGGACAGCUGGGGCGUGCCACGGAGGAUGCGCCUCUGCGGCGGCGGCGAGAGCUCGCUCAACGCCGCCUCCGGCUGGGGCAGCCCGCCCGCUUCCAAUAAUAACGGCAACUGGGGUGGCAACUCCAGCAGCAGCCAAGCGAACAAUGCCACGAACAACCAGCAAUGGAACGCCGCGCAGCGCCCACCCACCUCUCAAGCCGACAUGAAUAGCAACAAGGGUAACGCUCAGUUGCCACCGACCAGCGCUGCCUCCCAGAGUUGGCAGAGCAGUCCCCCCAACAUGCCAAAUGCACAGCCAAACAAUAAUGGUGCGCCUCCAAGCAAUGGCACAAACCCCAACAACGGCGGCAACUCUCCUAACUCGGCCGCCCCCAACAUGCCACCCGCCGCCAACGGUAACGGGACAUCGAAUACCACGUCUUCCGCUAAGAUAGAACAACUCAACUCCAUGAGGGAGGCGCUGUUCAGCCAGGACGGCUGGGGCGGUCAACACGUAAACCAAGAUACGAAUUGGGACGUGCCCGGAUCACCAGAGCCCGGUUCGAAAGUGGAACCUACCGCCGGCGGCCCGCCCGCUUGGAAACCGAACGUAAAUAAUGGCGCCUUCCUCGGUACAGACCUCUGGGAGGCCAACCUGAGGAACGGCGGCCAACCACCGCCGCAGCCCGCCGCUAAGACACCGUGGGGACACACUCCCACGACCAACAUCGGGGGCACCUGGGGCGAGGACGACGACGCCGCCGAGUCCGCCAACGUGUGGACCGGCCCGCCGCCGCCGCAGCAGUGGCCCGCCGGCCCGCCGCAACACGCGCAGCAGUGGGCCGUGCCCAAGAAGGACGACUGGAACGCGUGGGGCGAGCCGCACCGACCCGCCGACCCGCGCCUCGAGCACCGCGCACCCGACCCGCGCCAGCCGCCCGCCGACCCGCGCCAGCACGACCUGCGCGGCGGCAUCUCCGGCCGCCUCAACGGCGAGAUGUGGAGCCAGCACCACCAACACGGGCCCGCCAACAAGGUCAUGCCCUCCGGCGUCAACCAGUGGGGCGCGCAGGGGCCCAAGGACUCGAUGAAGGGCGCCGGCUGGGAGGAGCCGUCCCCGCCGGCCGCGCGCCGCGCGCCCACCGGCUUCGACGACGGCACGUCGCUGUGGGCGCAGCGCGGCGGCAUGGGCAUGGCCGGCCGCGGCGCGCCCGCGGGCCCGCAGCCGCCGCAGCGCAUCCCGCCCACCCCCACCAAGCCCGACGGCGUGUGGGGCGCGCACGGCCAGCGCAACGGCGGCUGGGAGGACCCGCACACGCCCGCCUGGCCCGACCGCGACGUGCCCGCCUGGCCGGACGCGUCCAACCCGGGCCUGUGGCCCGUUCCGAAGCCGAAGCCGAAUCCGGCCGGCGGCUGGCCCGAGGACAUCGGCGAGUGGCCCGGCCCGAAGCCGCCGCAGGGCGGCGGGCCGCUCGGCAAGCAGAUCCCGAAGGAGAUGCUGUGGAACAGCAAGCAGUUCCGAUUCCUGGUCGAGAUGGGUUACAAGAAGGAGGACGCGGAGGCGGCGCUGCGCCGAAGCGACAUGAACGCCGAGGAAGCGUUGGAGAUGCUGGCGGCGCCGCGGGACGGAUGGCGCCGCGACGAGCACUUCGGCGGCCACCACGGCGGGCCCUUCCAGCCGCCGCCGGCCGUGCCGCCCGUCAGCGCGGCCGUCGUGCAGAAGCUGCUCAACCAGCCGCCGCCCCAGGCUCUACAUCAUCAUCAGUCCUACAAUCCUAAUAGUGGAACUGGCAACAGCGGACAGCCGAGCACGGCGCAGCUGCGCAUGCUGGUGCAGCAGAUCCAGAUGGCGGUGUCGGCUGGCUACCUCAACCACCAGAUCCUCAACCAGCCGCUCGCGCCGCAGACCCUCGUGCUACUCAACCAGCUGCUGCAGCAGAUCAAAGUAUUGCAGCAAUUGGUGCAGCAGCACACGCUAGCCAUUUCGAAGGCUAACUCAUCGCUCGCACUGCAGUACUCGGUGCAGAUCACUAAGGCUAAACAGCAGAUCACUGCUUUGCAAAACCAGAUAGCGACGCAGCAGGCGUUGUACAUGAAGCAGCAGGCGGGCGGCGACCUGUUCAAGCAGGGCCCGGACCCCAUGUCGCAGCUGCAGAACAACUUCGGCAACAUGGACAUCGCCAAGGACUCGCAGGCCGCGUACGGCGCUGGCCAGCAGUCGCGCCUGAACCAGUGGAAGCUGCCGUCGCUGGACAAGGACGGCGAGGGCACGGACUUCCCGCGCGCGCCCGGCGCCGCCAAGUCCACCACCAGCCCGCAGCUCAACCAGCUCGGCCUGCAGCCCGACCCCACAUGGACGGUGGGGCGCGGCGAGGGCUGGGGCGAGGCGGACGUGGCGGACGGCAAGGACGCGUGGCCGCAGCACCCGCAGCACCAGCCCGUGUUCGACAUGGUGCCCGAGUUCGAGCCCGGCAAGCCCUGGAAGGGCAACCAGAUCAAAAACGUAGAGGACGACCCGUCGAUGACGCCCGGGUCCGUGGUGCGGUCGCCGCUGUCGCUGACGGCCAUCAAGGACUCGGACAUGCUGGGCGGCAAGACGUCGCCGCCGGGUGGCGGCGGCGGCGGCGGCGGCGAGCGCUCGCUGUCGUCGUCCACGUGGAGCUACGCGCCGCCCGCCGCCGGCAAGGACGCGUGGGCCAAGCCGCGCGCCGCGCCGCCGCCCGGCCUCAACAAGGCCUGGCCGCAGCACCACGUGCAGCCCCAGCAGCAGCCGCCGCGCAACAACCUCCCCUCCUGGCAGGCCUCCACGUGGCUGCUGCUCAAGAAUCUUACCGCGCAGAUCGACGGAUCGACGCUGAAGACUCUGUGCGUGCAGCACGGGCCGCUGCAGAACUUCCACCUUUACUUGAACCAGGGACUCGCGCUCGCGCGCUACUCUACUCGCGAAGAGGCAGCUAAAGCUCAGAUGGCGCUGAACAAUUGCGUGCUGAGCAACACGACGAUCUUCGCGGAGUCGCCGGCCGAGUCGGAGGUGCAGAUGAUCCUGCAGCACCUGGGCUCGGGCGGCGGCGGCGCGUGGCGGGGUGGCGGCGGCGGCGGCAAGGACUGGGCCGGCUUCCCCGGCCUGUGGCCCGACCAGCACGAGCAGCGCGCCACGCCCUCCUCGCUCAACUCCUUCCUGCCGCCCGACCUGCUGGGCGGCGAGUCCAUCUAGGCCCUCGUCUAGUUGUUGUAAUUACGCUUCUCGUCCCCCUCCCCGGGACGGACUAAUCGCCUAGUCACAUCGCGCGGGCCGCGUCGCGCCGCGGUCCACGUCGCGCCGCGACGCGCCCGCGGUAGCCAACUGUCCACAAUACUAUUAUCUACUGUGUUGUAAGUGUUCAUGUAGAUUAUUUAGUGUACAUAAGAAUUAUACAUAUACAACGGCAGACAUAUAAUGUAUCGACGGUUAUACCUGUAUGAAGUAUAUAUAGGAUAGGGUCGCGGGGGCUCGGUCCCCUUACCAAAUAGAGCUAGGCAUGGAGUAGAGUAGUUGCGUCGCGGGCUACCUCAGUCACUCGUCCCGUGGCCUUAUUUUAGUGUGUAUUUAUUUUGUUGCGCUCGAGGGCUGUUGCUGUUUCGCCCGUCGAGAUGUUUCGUUCCGAGUUUCUUUCGUGUUUUUACUUCUCGUUUUACAUACUGAUCGUAUUUUAAUUAUUUAUUCGGUUUCGAAUUCUCACUCGCGAUGAGCCUUUGUUUUCCAUUAGUGAUAUUUUUAUUCAGCAAUAAAUGAGUAAGUGCAUUUCGCAGACUAACAAAUGUUUUAUAAUUAGUUCGUAAUUUUUAUAAAGAUAACAAAAUUUGAAAAUUAUGAGAUUCGAAGUGCAUUCUUGUAGUGGUAAAUUCCUUUUAAGCCGUAUAGUCUGAGACGGAAAUGAUAGACACGUACGCGAGAGCGAGCGACGCCGACGCUGGCCGCUGGCCGCCUGGCGGGCCCGGCCGGCUGGGCCCCGUACUUACCGUGCUUACCGUGCUGACGGAUGACGGAUGACGGCCGGGCGGCGCGCUCCCUGCAAUCCAGUAAUCCUGUGAUGUAAAGUAUCUUGCCUAAUGUAAGGAUAAUCUAUUUUGUUGGAGAGUAUCAGAGUAGAGCCGCCGGCGGCGGUCGGCCUCCGCCGAUGCUACUGUUUCCCCAAAUUUUUUCCAGUAUUUGUGAUUCAAGUGCCACUUUAUGUUUAAUAUAUGAAACGAUUAUCUAGAUUAUACGAUUAAUGUAAGGGUAACCUAAUAUAUUAAAUUGAAAAUUGUUUUAUCAUUUUAUAUUACAUACAUUUGUGAGAAGAGUUAUAAAGUACUAUAAUUGACAGUAAUUUAAAAUAUUACACUUUUGUGUACCUAUAGGUAAGAAUAAAGUUCUAACUUAAAUUUAGCCAUAUCAAUAUCUAUUUAAUAAAAGAUUUGUGGUAUUUUCUAUAGGCUCAAUUUGAACGUUAUUCAAAGUGACAUAUGCUUUAGAUAUUCUGUUAAUAAUAUAUUGUAGCAGUAGGCGUCUCGGUAUUACAUCAUUGUAGGUAUAAGAUUACACUUAAGUCCUAUCGUAGGUUUCGGUAAGCAUACUAUUGAUAUUUUACGGCAACGAUCGCACGUGUAAAUGUUCGUUAUCAUAAAGUUUAUUUACAUUUUUAUUUACUUUUAAUUUAUUGAUGGUGUGCCACAGAGAUACUCUGCCAAAAUAUAUCAUUACCAAUACGUUACGGGACAGCCAAGUCGCGAGGCGGAUGCCCCGACCGCCCGAGGCGGACCCACCACGCUUUACGAUCCCGACCUACGAUCACAAAAGCGAAUGACUAUAAUGUUAUAAAUAAUGUACAUUAUCUAUUCUAUUUCGAGCAUCUUCCAGUGAUCUUACGAUUAAACAUUAACGAUUGUAGUGCUAAGUUAGGUGUAAGUAAAGCUGUACCUUGUCGAGCCGCACGCUCGAGAACUCUUUCACAAAUUAAUGAAGUAAGUUAUGAGGCGCUUGGACCUGUAGUAGUUUAGUGUUAAAUGUGUUGAUGUGUGAUGUGUUCAUAUUGGAAACGAUCAGCAUUUCUCAUUAAAUAGACUACCUAUACUUACCCUACGCGGCGGAGGGCGCGCGAGAGCCCCGCCGCGAGCUCGGUGUGUCGCGGAGUUCUAUUUUUUACUGACAGUACAAGUAAAGUAACACCAAUAUAAUUUAACAUUUUUUUAAGUAUAGCUUUCGUUUUAAGCCCCUUCGGGCGACGAUCGCGAAAUUAUUUUUUUUUGCUAUCGACCUACAAAUUGAAUGUCGGCUCGGAGGGGCCGAUACUAUGACAAUGUCAUGACGUUUAAUGUUAGGUGCCAAAGAGUGAGUAUCAAAGAUAAGUAAGAGGUGUCUGGGACGAUUGGUUUGCAUCUCUUUGUUUAGUGACAAUCUUCCAAAUCGUUUUGAAAUUAUUUUUGCGGUACGGGUAAUCGAUCUGAUGUUCCUAUCUCGGCGCGUCCGCGCAACCGACAGAUUAGCGUCAAUUCUAUUGUCGUAAAGCUCAAUUUAAGUGAUCAACGUGUUCUUUUUAACAGUUUAUUGAAGUAUUAACUAAAUUUAAAUAAUUAUUUUUUAACAGAAAUUUUCUGUCCACGUCUACACCAAUUCGAAAUGCCUCAAUCGCAAUAGUUUUCUGGUGCAAAUGUGAAUUUUUAUAAUACAGCAAUAAAUGUCAUAAUUAUAAUUUUUAUAAAGCGUUUUCCAUUUUAAAGUUAGAUAAAGCCAAUAACGGAAAGUAUAACGUUCCAGUGCCCUGUAGAAUACGUUGUCCAUAGACUUAGACGAAAGAAGUCAUGCCUUGAAAAUGUUUAGUCAGUUAAAAAGUUAUCAGUACUUAAUAAUGGGUAUAAUAUUGUAAUGAAACAUUGUAAGUGUAGGGGCGUCGGUAUAGUGGUGUUAGGUGUCGGUAUAGGCCGCGAGCACGGCACGCCGGGCGGCAAGGCCGCCGAGGCAGCCUCGCCCGGCCGCACGCGGCACUCGCCCUGCUGUCACUGAGAAACUCAAUUCAUAGGAGUGGCGGGACGCAUAACAUGCACUAUGUGAGCCGGUCGUGGUCGCCAGACCCGCAAACCGGCUGCGCCAACAUGGCGUCCCCCGCUUGUGUUACACAUCCUCCCCGCGUUAUACAGACGCCAGAAGCGUCGCUUCAGCGCGGUUUGCCUAUGAUGUGCCAGUGGCAACAGGGUCGCGAGUGGCCCGCGACCCCCUGAGUGGAGUGCCGGCGGCAGCUAGGUUGUGAGACGCGGCCCGCGGCGCGCCGCGUCACUUGAAUCUCCUCUCGGUUCAAUGACUGCAUCAUUAUUUCCUGCACACGAUUGCGUCACGUGCAAUUUUAGUAUAUGUUAUUAUUAUGUUGUUGUAUAUUUAUACUUAAACCUAUACUGUAAUAUGUGUAUAUUGUGAAAUUAUAUUCUUAAAAGAUUUAAUACGCUUCACGCUUUCACUUUUAAAAACAUUUUUCGUGACUCGUUUCUGUUAUUUAGAAUAAAUUUACGUACCUAAAAGUAAUUAUAAUAAUUAUUAUAGGUAGGAGAUGUAAGAAAAAAAAAACAAAAAAACAAAAAAAAUAUAAAAAAAGAAGCAAUUAAAAGAAACCAAUGAUUGUGCCUCAAUGAACUGUGGUACGUUACCGUAACCGAUGGCAGGUGUAAACGUUUCCUUGGAGAGAAAUAUAAUGAAUUGCGCGAAAUCGGCGCGGGAGCCGAGCGGCCAGGGCGCGCCAGGCCCGGCUCGGCCCGACCACGGCCCGACUCGGUCCGGCACGGCUCGGCUCGGCCGCGCUGCAGUCGAUACUCGGCCACGGCCGCGGGGCCCGUGCCCUCGCCUUGUGUAAUCAUUAAUGAGCUUAGCUAUGUUUUACUUUUAUCGUAAGUGUUAUGUCAUCAAUCAACAUCUAAUAGUUAUAUAUAUAUUUUAUAUAAAACCUAUGUGUAAAUAUUUUUAUCUAUUUAUUUAUUGUUUUUCAUGAAGUUUACCCGAAUUAAUAAGUUUUUUAAAUUUUUUCGAGUCUGUUUCUUUUUAAUUUUAGUCUAGCGUCUGUCUCUCGUGUGGAAUGUGAAUCCAAAAUUUGCGUCUAUUCCAUAACACUAUGCCAAAGUCUAUGUGUAAUUGCCAUUUGAAACAUAACGACCACUGACUUUCUUAGAUAGUCCCGCGUAGAUCUCUAUCAUCACAAUAUACUGUAUGAUCGUACAAAACGGAGCCCGCCCGCGGGCGUCUCCAAGCUGCUCUGGUAUUAUUUUAGCUCAAGUAUUCAAUAGUAGUUUGCUCAUAAUAUUGUUGUUAAUUUUUAUGUUUAUCUCUUAAUUAGUGCUUUUAAAAUUCUUGUAAUAUUUUGUAAUCUCCGAUAUUAGGUCUUAAUUAUAAGGAACCGUUAUCGAGAGUUGUGUUUGGCGAAUCACACAUGCCGCCUGAUUGCGUGUCAUACCGCUGUCACCUAUUGCCGAGCGCCGCGCUGCUUGCCAGAUGCAUAAGUUUACCGUUUAUCAUGGUUUCCAAUUAGACAACCCUUUGUCUCUAGAUAAUAUAUACAUAUUUACAUUUUGCAAAGUCAACGUUGCCUUAAUUAUUCGGCCAAUCCUCAUGAAUUUACAAUCUCAUUUUUACACUUACCUGUAGAUUAUAUAAAUUGUAUUAUGGUGCGGCAAGCGGCAGAGCGUGAAAUCGGUGUUUUGACGAAUUUUUAACUGUAAUUCAGUAAAUAUGUGUAACACGCUCCUCGAAGGGACCAAAUAUGUGUGCGGUCGCUCAUUCUACAAAAAAUCCUGCCUGAGCAUUCAUUUGGUGACCUCUAAAAGACAAAACCAUUUUUUCCAUAAUAAUAAAUACGUUUUCCCGAGCGCAUAAAUUCUCUUGUUAAUGAAUACUUACUGUAACGUAACUUUAUUAUAGUGAUAGUGUACAAUAUUCAGAAGGGCCUUUUUAAUUUGAUAAGGUUAAAGUUUUGCUUGUUGUCUUUAUUUAUUUAUAUAUAGAUAUUUUUGUACGUUAGGGCGUUCGUCGUCGGGUCGUCCCGAUCCCGAUCAAUAGAAGCACAUUAGUGAUAUCUACUUGUAAAACUAGUCUUCCUUGUUUGACGUUACGGCACGUGGAGGCGAGGCGCGCGAGAGGCAAUCAUUCCUCUAGUCUUGUUAUGUGGUGCGAUUACAUAAGAGAUAGAUACCAAAUAUAAAAUAACGAAG